GUCGAGUUCAACUGGAGCAGAAAGGUCAGCGACGAAAAUCGUUGACGCAGCUGCAUCGGAAGAUCGGGCUUUGUCGUCAGCACGCGCAGUGGACGUCGACAAAGAGCUCGCACCAUCCUCGUCCAGGGACGACAAGGACAAAGUCAAAGGUAGUCGUGGUCGUCCGAAAAAUCAUGAUAUGCGGAAGCGUACUGGAGAACGAGAAAAGAAGACGCGCGCUAGUAUAGGGCAGAAGAAGUCAGGCCCCGUUCGUUGUGAAAAUAUGAAAGAAAAAAGUGCACUCACACUCAAAAAGAGUGGCUAUUUUCCUACUUAAAUCCUAGCCAAUUCCUUGAGUGUGAGUGCACUCUUUCGCUUCAUAGAAAAGAGGGAAGAUUUAUUGGGAACAGCCGGUGGCUUAACAUCUUCUCAUCAACCUAGCAGUACUAACAAAAAAAGGAGACUCUCUGACUCCAAGCCGGACGAGAAGGGGCGGCAGGAUGGAG